AUGCCAUCGACACACUUAAACCUGCGUGAGGAUGACGUCGUACGUCUUGCUUUGGAGUUUUUGCACAAUCGGGAUCUGCAUAUCACACAGUUAUCAUUGGAAAGAGAAACCGGCGUGAUUAAUGGAAAUUUCGCUGAUGAUGUACUGUUUCUACGCCAAUUAAUACUAGACGGACAGUGGGAUGACGUGUUAGAAUUUAUUCAACCGCUUAGCGCACUGAAAGCUUUUGAAGCUAACAAAUUUAAUUACGCUAUACUUAGACAUAAAUAUAUAGAAUUACUAUGUAUUAGAUCUGAAAUUAAAGCAUACAACAAUGUUGAAAAUAUUGUUGACGAAGUUGUAAAAGUUCUUAGUGAUUUAGAAAAAUUAGCACCUUCUAAAGAAGAAUAUUCCAAUCUAUGCUUACUAUUGACUCUCCCUAGUAUUACUGAUCACGCACAAUUUAAAAAAUGGAACCCCAGUAAUGCAAGAGUUCAAUGCUUUAGGGAAGUUUACCCUCUUGUAGAACAGUUUUUACCCUGUGACAAGAAAUCUUCGUCUACUACAGCGGCUAAAUGCGCUAAAAACGAUCGACUUAUGCAGUUGCUGAUAAAAGGUAUAUUGUAUGAAUCAUGUGUAAAUUAUUGCCAAGCGAAAGCGACUGGUUCCAAAGAAGCGCACUCGAAUGAGGUUAAUUUCUCACGACUUUUAGAUGGUUCUGGAUUUGACGAGUCCGAUUUGAGUUUGCUAUCUUGGCUUCAGUCUAUACCUGCUGAAACCUUUAGCGUGCCAUUUGAGCAGAGAAUGUUGAAUGUUGACGUAGAGAAAUUAGAACGUCCGUCCUUACAUACGUCUUGGACCGAGCAUAUGUUAGUGACACCAAUUAAGCCUAGGACAUUCCCGCAUUUGGCAAUGCCGUUCAGACGUCCACGGUCGGCAGCAGAUGCAAUGACGAGAUCUCUCAGACCUUUGCCCGACGGUGCCCCCCGACACCCUGCAGUCAUGGCCCUUUCCGCCAUUGACUACGGCCCCUCAUCCUCAUACUUCGCAGGGUUCCAUUUGACGGGUAUAAAAGGCAGUAAACUUAUGAACACAUCAGUCGAUAGACUGUUCGAUAAUAAAAAUGGCGACAGUAUUUAUAAUGGAUUGAGUGAGUCGCUGAAACCAAUUGAUGAGCAAUUGAAACCGAUUGGGGAAUAUAAAGCGAGUGAAGCAAGUAGUAUCGGUGCGUCUAAUGCUACGACCCCCGAACACAGGGGUCAGGACUAUUCGGCGUCGACGUCCAUAUCCACAGCUGUUUCCGCAGAACGAUCGAUCGCUGAAAGGAUCCCUCAACAGCCCGAGCAUCAAGGGGAUGGUGACUUUAGGAGAGAAUUACUAAAGGAAUACCAGAUCCAAAAGCAACGCGAGUGUGAUGAUUAUUUGCGUAAUCUAUGCUCUUCAGAAUUGAGGCCGCAGAAACCUAUGGAGCAGCAAAUGAAUGAAGUUCCAUCUGCUUUUCCGUCGGCCGUCAAAUUCACUCCGCCGCCUACCGUAGAACAGAAUCAAAAAACCAUUGACCACUCUCAUUAUUUGAGAAAAAACGACAUCAGCGAGUCCAUUGAAGUACCUGACACCACAAACAAUAUUCCAGAUCGCGCGUUUCUAUUGUACGAUCUUUAUUGUACUAUAACACACAAUGACAAU